AUGCCUCCAGCCGUGUCUGACGACGAGAGCGAUCUUGAUGUGCCCGACGCGAUCCCCGCACGGCCAGCGAAAGUGAACCCCAAAGUAGAAGAGGAUGAAGAUGAUGAUGAUGACGAGGAGGACGACGAUGAGUUCCAAGUUGAGAAGAUCCUCAGCCACAAGACGGAGCGCGGCAAGAUUGUGUACAGAGUCAAGUGGCUUGGGUGGGAGAAAGAGGAAGACCAGACGUGGGAGCCUGUGGACAACUUGGAGAACGCGAGAGAGAUCUUGGAGGCAUAUCACACGUCAAUCGGCGGCACUCCACAACCCCCAGCGAAGGGCAAAGGCAAGGGAAAGCGCUCUCUUUCGUCCGCUGCUGCUGCGGAUUCACCCUCUGGCAAGAAGCGUGGACGAAAGAGCGAGACGAACGGGACCGCCACGAAGGACGAGCUACCGAUGGGAUUAUGGGAAGACCUCUGCACUGUAGCCGCAAUCAUCGAGGAGCAUGAGCUGCCUGCUACUACUAGCACCAAGAAGCAGGCCGCCAACAAGUCGCUAGUGGGCAUGCUCCAGUGGAACGACGGUCGCAAGACACAACAUCCGAUGAUUACCCUGCGCAACAAGUGCCCACAGAGGAUACUCGACUACUACGAGUCACACUUGGUCUUUAAGGGCGACCCGCGGUAUAUUGAUGAGGAAGAAUAA